AUGCAUUCCCCAUGGCCAUUACGAAUCAUACAGUGGCCCAAUUUUCUUGAGCAACAUAGUAUUGCACAAGACUUUCAGCUUCUAUGUGGACUUCCAGACAUAAUUGGUGCCCUGGAUGGGACCCACAUAAGAUUGUCUUCUUGUAUUGGUGGAGAUAAUGACUAUUUUAACAGAAAACAUUACCCUUCCAUACAACUCCAGGUAGUAGUAGAUUCUGAUUUAAUGUUACGGGACAUAUACACAGGCUGGCCAGGAUCAACUCAUGACACUCGUGUACUACGCAAUUCAAGUCUCUUUAACAAUGCAACUGCUGGACAGUACUUUGAUGUGAAUAAGUACAUAAUUGCAGACAGCGCAUAUCCCUUAAAGGCCUGGUUGAUCACUCCAUUUAAAGAUAAUGGCCGUUUGAACAUAAAUCAAAGAAGGUUUAAUCGAGUUUUGUCAUCUGCACGCCAAGUUGUAGAGAGGGCUAUUGGUCAUUUAAAGCAAAGGUUUCGGCGCCUACAAGAAAUAACUGUACAUGACUUAGAGGAGAUAAUCAAGACAAUUGUAUCUGGAUGUAUAUUGCACAAUCUUUGUAUCUUGCAUCACGAUGGUGUCGAGGAUUUCCUGACAAUUGAUCCGAACAAUGGCAACCCUAAUAAUUAUCCAAAUGUGUACCCCGAUGGAAGAGAUGGAAUACAGAGGAGGCAACAACUUGUUCAGGGACUACCAUGAUUACUUUUUAUCUGAUAAUAUCAAGAAAACCAUUGUAAU